AUCACUGUUACUCUUCAAGCUCAGGCAUUUCUGAAUUUGCCUUGUGUAUUAAGUACACUGACUGUGUGACUGGCAGUUGCAAAAGGCAAUAUGAACAUUCUCAAACAUUGUAUACAAACUUACAUCUGAAUCAAAGAACAAAACCACUUGGGGAUUCGGUUUCUUUUCUUAUUGUCUUCAUUGAUCAACCCCUAUUAAAGGGCCCCCGCACUCAUACAAUCAUCUCAAGCAGAGGCUGUUUGUUAUUCAAUUUCCUUCACCUCAUGGCAGCAGUCCCAGAAUCACAAGAAACCAUAAUCCCACUGAUAGACACAUCAGAAACACAAACAAAAACAGAACCAGAUGAUGAUACCAUUGUUGAUCUCACUCUCUCCCGCUUUGAGACCUUUCUCAGGCUCUUCGGCUUCUGCCAGUAUUCCUUUUGGAGCUUCAGUCUCUCAUGGCUCAUAUUUCUUCUCGUGGUUGUUGCACUGCCAGUGCUACUUAUUGUGGUCUUUCAUUGUCCCAGUUGUGACAAGUAUCAGAUCAAAAGUUUCGAGCUUGAGAUUCUGGUUUGCCAAUCUCUUGUGGCUGCAGUUUCUUUGCUUUGCAUAUCUCACAACCUCCGCAAGUAUGGAGUAAGAAGAUUCUUGUUUGUGGAUAGGUAUCAUGGCCAUAUGACUCAGUUCCAUGAUGAGUAUAUACAAAAGAUCCAUGAUUUCUUUCGCUUGCUGUUAGUUUGGUUACUACCUUGCUACCUUCUGAAGACUGCUCGUGAAAUCACUCGAGUCUUUUAUGUUCCCCAAGAUUCAUGGUGGAAAUCUGUUGUUGUGUUGUUUGCUUACCUUGUGCCGUGGAUGUAUUCAAACGUAAUAUUCCUAUCAGGCAGUUGUUUGUUCAAUUUGGUGUGCAAUCUGCAAGUCAUACACUUUGAUAACUAUGGGAAGCUGUUAGAAAUGGAUAUAGAUGUUUCUGCAUACAUUGAGGAACACAUUCGUUUAACGCAUUAUCUAUCCAAGAUUAGCCACAGAUUCCGAAUCUAUCUUCUUCUUCAACUCUUACUAGUCACAGCUAGCCAGUUUGUGGUUCUUCUGGAUACCACUGAAAACAGCAGAAUCAUCAAUCUCAUCAAUGGAGGAGACUUUGUAGUCUCCUCAAUUGUUGAGCUUGUUGGGGUAAUCAUAUGCUUACAAGCAGCUGCAAAGAUUUCACAUAGAGCUCAAGGGCUUGCAUCAGUAGCUAGCAGAUGGCACGCUCUGGUCACGUGCAGCUCCGGCGAUCCUUCUCAAUCGGGAAUUGAUAAUGAAACAGAAAACUUGGAGACUUCAUAUCCAGCUGGUUCAUUGCCCAUAAACUACUCAGAAACUGAUAUCGAGUCUCUUGAUUAUGUGCCAAUGCCUACAAAUACACAACUAGCUUCAUACAUGUCCUUGUAUCACAAAAGAGAGGCUUUUGUUAUCUAUAUGCAGUCCAACUUCGGCGGGGCUACUAUAUAUGGAUGGAGGAUCGAUCGGGCGCUGAUUAAUACUAUCUUCUUUGUUGAGCUUUCACUGGUUCUCUUCGUGCUUGGAAAGACCAUAACAUUCACCACUGCGUGAAUUAUGAACACUGUUUUGCGACUUUUAACGUAUAUGAGGGGCAUUGCCAACACAAUUGUAAGUCUUAAUUUCAGUUGUUAUCGGAGUAGGAGAACUUCAAUUGUCUCAAGCCAGAACACGCAUUACUUAACCUAUUCAACUUGCAUUCUUAAAUGCAGGGAUAGUGUUUUUGUCCUCACGGGUUUCCCAUACAAGAAUAAUAUCACAGU